AUGUCUCUCUCAAACAGGCGUAUUCUCAUACUGUAUGGCUCGGAGACGGGCACGGCCCAGGACAAGGCCGAGGAAAUCGACCGGAUGUGCCAACGGCUACGGUUCCACACUGAUCUCGAUGCAUUGGACAAUGUCAAGCUGAACGACCUCCUACAAGACUAUGAACUCGUCUGCUUCGUCAUUGCCACAACAGGCCAAGGCCACUUCCCGAACAGCGCGCGCAAGUUCUGGAAGGACCUCCGGCGAGCCAAGCUGCCACCAAACUGCCUGGAGACAGUUCAUUUCACGACGUUUGGCCUUGGAGACAGCUCGUACCAUAAGUACAACUGGGCAUCGCGGCUUCUUCACAGUCGUCUUCUUCGUCUGGGUGCAAAGGAGACCUUCGCAAGGGGAGAGGCUGAUGAGAGGCAUGAUGAUGGCAUCGAUAGCAUUUACCAGCCUUGGCUCAAGGACUUGAGAGAGUUCUUAACAGCGACAUAUCCUCUACCCCCUUCGGUACAGCCGAUUCCAGAGGAGGAGCCACUUCCACCUCGCUACACGCUUAGCGUGCGGCUUUCGGGCGCAAAAGGAGCGCCCAUGCAGGAACAGGCGGACGAAGCAAGAUCCUCACCAGACUUUCCGCCGCCUCUUCUACUACCUCACCCAAACGUCAACAGCGCCGUUGUCGUUAGCAACAAGCGAGUCACCCCAUCUGACCACUGGCAAGACGUUCGCCUCAUAGAGCUGGACGUGACUUUCCCGUUGGUUAAUGGCAUGGCGUACGAGCCUCUUCCUGGCGACCGAGUCGUCGUGUAUCCCAAGAACUACCCGUCGGAUGUUCAGAAGCUUAUUGAUCUCAUGGAAUGGGGCUCAGUCGCCGACAAGCAAAUUUCGCUCGGCGCACAGUCGCCCAAUGGGCUUUACCCUACCAAAAACAGCACUCUCCGGGACCUCCUCACACACAACAUUGACUUCAUGGCCGUUCCAUCACGGUCUUUCCUGCACAAGCUUGCUUUUUAUACAACCAACGUGGACCACAAAGAGAAGUUGUUUGAGCUUGUUCAGCCCGACGCAUCCCAGGAGUUCUACGACUUCACCUCCCGGCCACGGCGGACGAUCUUGGAGGUGCUUGCCGAGUUCUACUCCUCCAAAAUCCCAUACGAGGCAGUACCCGAUGUGUUCCCCAUCAUCCGUGGUCGCGAGUUCAGCAUUGCCAAUGGUGGGAAGCACUGGAAGAAGAGACAAGUCAUCCAAACAAAGCAUGAAACGAGCGGUGGCGAUGCGCAUCAGGACGGCGCGGUUGUCUACCGACUUGACGUUCUCGCCGCGUUGGUGGAGUACCGGACCAUCAUCCGGAAACCACGGGAAGGUCUGUGUUCACGAUACCUCAAGAAUCUGCCAGCAGGCACUCCUUUGCAUGUGGACAUGAAACGCGAGACGCCACCGCCAAACGGAAGCAUUUCUGCCGAGCGGCCUCUGAUUGGCAUCGCAACGGGCACCGGCGUGGCCCCAGUUCGCAGUCUGGUCCACGACAGGAUGCGGUCUUUACCGCGCGCCGAGACAGUACUCUUCUUUGGUUGCCGCAACAAGGCUGCCGACUUCCACUUCCACGAGGAGUGGGCUGGCACCGAGGAUCUGACGGUUGUCCCUGCGUUUUCGAGGGAUCCGAAGGAUCCUGAACAACCCGAGUCAGAGGCAAACCCAGCGCCCACUCUUAAGGCAAUCCCGGACAACAAGAACACGACUGAGAAGCAGGCUAUCAACGGCUCAAGCGACAAAGGUGGCACAGGCGGCAAAGAAGAACAGCCAGCAACGACUGAGCCCAGCGUGGUCGUGUACUCGUAUGACGAAGGCAAAAACUACGUGCAGCACUUGAUCCGGCGCCAUGCAGACAAAGUGUGCGAGCUGCUUCGGAAGGACGCCAUCAUCUGCCUGUGCGGCAACAGCGGGCGCAUGCCAAAGUCGGUCCGUGAAGCGCUGCGUGAUGCGGCAGUCUCGGGCGGGUUCUGCAAGGACCCGGAAGAAGCGGAGAAGCGAUUGUUUGACGAGAAGGAUCCGAACAAAGUAGUCUACUGGGAGGAGACAUGGUAG